GCAGCGGUGAGUUCGGUGGCGCUCGCGGCGGUUCUCCGGUCACUGCAGCAGCAGCUCCGUGUGUUUGUUGAAAUGGCGAAGUUUGGCGAUUUAAAAGCUUUUCUUGAAUCGUCUUUAAAUGAAAUCUUUCGAGUGACUGUCAGUGACAUCCUGGAUUCAGUGGAACAAACUGUCAGCGAAUAUCAGCAUAAGAUUCAGAGAAUUGAGUCCGAAAAUGAUGAUCUGAGAAAACGACUUUGUGCAAAAGAGAAAAGGACGAAUCAAAUCAAAACAGAAAAUGAAGAUUGUGUUUUUCAGCUUGACUUUUCAAGAAAGGAUUUCAGCGAAGAUGUGUUUUCAUCUGUUCAUAUGAGUGAAUAUACUGAUCAAACUAAGAUCGCUGGAGAUUCACUGAGCAGUCGAAUGAAAUCACAAACUCCAGAUGUGAAAUCACCGCAGAUAAACAAGGAUUGUGCGACAGCAGCACUGCUGUGUGUGAAGGCCGACCCGGAGACGGAGGACGGAUGUGCUGUUGACCUCUCCAAUCCUCAUGCUUCUCCUGAACACACCGAUCAAGAGAUCAAGACGGAGAAUACAGAGGAGAACUCUGACUGUGAUCGCCAGCAUAUAUUCACUCGUCCAUUAGAGCCGGAGCUCAGCGACUGCGAUGUGAAGGUGACGGUGGUGUCCGACACACACCUAUAUCCCGAUACACACCUGUAUCCCGACGGCCCGGAGUCAUCAGAGCCGGAGCUCAGCCUCAUCUCUGAUGAAGAGUCUAAUCCAGACGGACUGUCUGACGAGGGAUUCUCUGGAUCGUUCCACGUGAUGGAGUCUCUGCAGGUCGCUAAGCCGGAUCUCUGCUGCGUUCAGUGUAACCGGAGCUUCAAGCACGAGGCGUCGCUCCACAUCCACCUGAGAUCCCACGUCUCAGAGAAGACACACACUUGUGCUCAGUGCGGGAAGGGCUUCGACCGCGCCGACCUCCUGAAGAACCACCAGCGCACACACACCGGAGAGAGGCCGUUCGCCUGUGAGCUGUGCGGGAAGAGCUACGGGCACCAGGGUCAGCUGACCAUCCACCGGCGGGUCCACACGGGCGAGCGGCCCUACGCCUGUCCUCACUGUGGGAAACGCUUCAGCGAACACAACCAGCUGAAGGUGCACCUGCGCACACACACCGGCGAGAGGCCGUUCCCCUGCUCCGUCUGCGGCAAACGCUUCACCAACGCCGGUAACCUGCGCAGCCACCAGCGCACACACACAGGGGAGAAGCCGUACGGCUGCGAGCUCUGCGGGAAGCGGUUCAGCGGGACCGGAGACCUGAAGACUCACACCCGGAUCCACACCGGAGAGAAGCCGUACCGCUGCCAGCUGUGCAGCAAGAGCUUCAGCCAGGCCGGACACCUGACCAUCCACCGGCGCAUGCACACGGGCGAGAGGCCGUACCCCUGCGGAGACUGUGGGAAGAGCUUCACCGUGGCAAGCAGCCUGAAGCUGCACCAGCUCGUGCACACCGGGGAGAAGCGGCACACCUGCGGUCACUGCGGGAGGAGCUUCAGCCGCGCCGGACACCUGAAGCGACACCAGCUGACCCACAGCAGAGAGAACCAGCACACCUGAUCCACACCGGGGAGAAGCGGCACACCUGCGGUCACUGCGGGAGGAGUUUCAGCCGCGCCGGACACCUGAAGCGAUACCAGCUGACCCACAGCAGAGAGAACCAGCACACCUGAUCCACACCGGGGAGAAGCGGCACACCUGCGGUCACUGCGGGAGGAGCUUCAGCCGCGCCGGACACCUGAAGAGACACCAGCUGACCCACAGCAGAGAGAACCAGCACACCUGAUCCGCACCGGGGAGAAGCGGCACACCUGCGGUCACUGCGGGAGGAGUUUCAGCCGCGCCGGACACCUGAAGCGAUACCAGCUGACCCACAGCAGAGAGAACCAGCACACCUGAUCCACACCGGGGAGAAGCGGCACACCUGCGGUCACUGCGGGAGGAGCUUCAGCCGCGCCGGACACCUGAAGAGACACCAGCUGACCCACAGCAGAGAGAACCAGCACACCUGAUCCGCACCGGGGAGAAGCGGCACA